AUGUUAUCGCGGGAAACCAGCGGCAUGAUCUCGCCGGUCAACACCACAAUAUUACAAAAUGGCGCGAACUUCGGAAGCUGCAUCAGUGUGGGCAUCAUCCUUGGGCAAGUCAUCAUCCAGAAAAUCGUCAGUGGCGCGAAUGUCUUCUAUCAAGAAGGCAAGCCAUCAAUGAUUCUAAGCACAACGAUUUUUGCUUGGGGUUCUUGGCAACGGCCGAUGCUCAACGGUGAAGACUAUCAGCCAGAGAACGACAGGGAGGACCAGCAGGAGGACAACAUCGGAGACCAACAGAAGGAGACACAGAGACCAAGUGCAGAUGACGAAGACCAAGUGGCGACCAUACCGUGGUUUGGAGGUGGGCCGGGCUGA